ACUCAAGUGGUCAAAAUGAAACUGCAACUCGCUCUCUGUUUUGUGCUCUCGGUUGUAGCCUACAAUCUUGUCCAUGCCUACGAUAAGGAUGGUCAACCGGGCUGCAAAACCCAAGAGGAAUUGGAUAUUGGAACCUUCCGGGACAAUUGGGAUCCCACAUCGUACUGGAAAUGCGAGGUACUCAACGAGGCUGCCUCCAGAAUCAAGUGUCCCAGUGAGAUGGGCUAUUUGGAUAGCGUAAAGGAAUGCGUCGACUGGGAGAGUUGGAAUUGGGAGGAGCCCGUAGAGCCCAUAAGCGAGCCGGAAGACGAAUAAACAUAUUAUUCAAUGAGUGAUGACAUUUUUAAUAGUCAUUAAAUUUGAAAAAAAAGAUUAAAAAAUAUAAGAACUCCGCCAGACGGCAACUUAAGCAACAAAA